AUGAGUGGUAGUGGGUUUAGGGCUUCAAUUCCAAACAGUGUGAAGAAGACGAUCCAGAAUAUUAAGGAGAUCACAGGUAAUCAUAGUGAUGAGGAUAUCUAUGCAAUGCUUAAGGAAUGUUCUAUGGAUCCCAAUGAGACCACUCAGAAGCUCCUUCUUCAGGACACAUUUCAUGAGGUCAAAAGAAAGAGGGACAAAAGAAAGGAGAAUCUCAACAACAGAGAACAUGUAGAACCACGCGGGAGACCUGUCACUCACGGACGGGGGCCUAGGGGUGGCCGGGGAAACUUUUCUUCUCAUACUAUAUCUCAUGAUGCUAGUGGAAGAAAGACUUCUGUUACAGGCAAAGAUAGUGGAGCUCGUCUACCUUCUGAGAAAAUUAUGCCACAACCAUCAGCUUCUCAACAGAUAAUAUCUAAAGGGAAAAGUUCCGGAACAAGCUCUGUGCCUAUUACUGCCAAUGGUCCUACAAAUGUGGCUUCUGGAACUACAAGAAGUGCGAGUCCUUCCCCACCACCUGCUGGAAACAAAGACAUAUUGGUUCAAGCUUCUGUCAAUAAUAAUAAUAAUAAUAAUGUGGAUAGUGCUUCAUCUUCUGAUAAAUCAAAUCAAGUUGCAACAAGCGCUUCUGAAACUGGGCCGGCAUCCUCAUCGGCUCACUUCUCUUCUUCUGAUCCAGUAUUGGUUCCAACUGAUAAUUCAUGGCUUCCUGGCGUUGUCGGUGCAAUUAGAUGCGAAGUGGGAAGCCAACACUCUCUUGGAGAAUCAAAUGCUGUUAACUCAGCUAAGAACAAACUAACUGCUGCUUCUGAGACUGGUAGCCCUUCUGUGCAAGAAAAGAUUCAAGGUAAAUCCCCGAGAGUGGCAAAAAAUUACGGCAAUGAGACACCAUCCCCAUCAGCGUCGGUAACUCUCGGAAGCCCUUCAGUUAGUCGCCCGUCUUCUAAUUACAAUAACCAGUCUCAACAAUUAAAUGGCCCUCAGAAAGCAGCUGUUUCUAAUAAGGAAUGGAAACCAAAGCCCACAAAUACAUAUAAUCAGAAUUCUAGACCUGCUACUGCACCUGAGGCUCCUCCUGUAUCAGCUGAAGCAACUAGACAGUUACAGUCUGCGUCUAGUGCCCUUGACACUGAAGAAGCUACUUCAAAACUUCAGGGAAAGCUGGAGAAUUCGCAUAUUCCACAGCAUCAGCAUGUUAUACUUCCAAAUCAUAUCAUAGUACCAGAUUCUGAGAAGAACAAAUUUUGCUUUGGAACUUUGGGAGUCAAUUUUGGAGUUGAUACAAGAAGCUGUGUUAGUGGACCAAAUAGUGAAAAGAGUUCCAAUUCCACGCCACAUUCUGAAAUUUCUCAGAAUAUUGAAGAAACUGUGGAGGAGCAGGAUUCAAGUCAAAAUGGCGCGCUUACGUCUGAUGUGGAAGAUUAUCCUGACCAUCCACUCUCACCCACUAACACACCCGUGGAUCUAGAAUUGGGCGAGGUUGACGGGUCAUCCAGUGCUAUUCAGGAGUCUAAUGAGUCUAAGCAAGACACUGCUUUGCCGUCCGAAGGUCAUCAAUAUCCAGGCGUGCAUAUUUCUCCAAACUACAGUUAUGGUUUUGUGCCCCCAAUGUUGGGUCCUCAGCUCACACCAUUUGACAAUUCUGAGUCUCAGACACGUGAUAUUUCACGACUUCCAAGCUUUAUUGUCCAUCCACAGUUGGAUCCAGCUGGUUAUUAUGCCCAGUUUUACAGACCAGGUACUGAUAGUGAUGGCCGUCUUUCUCCUUUUGCUUCUGCCGCAGCAACCACCAAGUACAACGGCAAUAUUACAGUGCUGCCUGCUCCAAAUUCUCAAUCUCCUCAAGAGGGUAUCUUGUCCACAGCAGGUCAAACCCCACUUACAACUCAAGCUGCAGGAUUGAUGCAAAGUACAAUAGCCAUUACUCAGCAGCCUGUCCCAGUCUUCCGGCCGAGUGCGGUUCAUUUAUCCCAUUACCCACCAAACUACAUUCCUUAUGGUCACUACUUUUCACCAUUCUAUGUCCCACCUCCAGCAAUCCACCAAUUUUUGGGUAACGGUGCGUUCCCUCAACAACCUCAGGCCACCACUGUAUAUCCACCUCCCCCAACUGUGGCAGCUCCAGGAAUCAAAUAUUCUCUUCCACAAUUCAAACCUGGAACAAAUCCAGCAAACACAACUCACCUUGUAAUGCCAAACGCUUUUGGACUAUAUGCCUCCUCUCCAGCUGGUUAUAAUCAUAACUCUGGAACGACUGCAGGGAAUUCGAACUCUAAUGAUGAUCUCGGUUCCUCCCAAUUCAAGGAAAGUAAUGUAUACAUCACUGGACAACAGAGUGAAGCUUCAGCAGUGUGGGUGGCUGCACCUGGCCGAGACAUGACAAAUUUGCCCACUAGUUCAUUCUACAACCUUCCUCCUCAAGGUCCGCACGUGACUUUUGCCCCAACUCAGGCUGGCCAUGGCACUUUUGCAAGUAUCUAUCACCCCGCCCAAGCAGUGACAGCUGCAACAGUCCAUCCACUGUUGCAGCAAUCUCAAACAAUAGCAGGAGCAGUUGACAUGGUAGGACCGGGUGGAAAUGUUUAUCAGCAACCUCAACAUGCACAGAUCAAUUGGCCAAGCAAUUACUAG